AGCUUCGCCUGUACCGUAUCGAGGCACCACUGGAGCGACAUGGAUGCGAAGGGGAGAUUAGAGGGCAAAGUGGCGAUCGUGACGGCCUCCACCCAGGGCAUCGGCUUCGCCAUCGCCCAGCGCUUGGGCCUCGAAGGCGCUGCCGUCGUCGUCUCCUCCCGGAAGCAGAAGAACGUCGAUGAGGCCGUGGAAAUGCUCCGUUCGAAGGGGAUCGAAGCGAUGGGGGUCGUCUGCCAUGUCUCCAAUCCCCAGCAUCGGAAGGAUCUCAUCGAGAAGACCGUUCAGAAAUAUGGCCACAUAGAUAUAGUUGUGUCGAAUGCUGCUGCUAAUCCAACAGUGGAAAACAUUUUAGAUACCAAAGAGCCGGUUCUUGAUAAACUUUGGGAGAUUAAUGUGAAGUCUUCAAUCCUUAUUCUGCAGGAUGCUUCAUCUUACUUGCGGAAGGGCUCGUCCAUCAUCCUUAUAUCUUCAAUUGCAGGUUACCUCCCACAAGCAUCCAUGGCCAUGUAUGGUGUUACUAAGACUGCUCUUUUUGGGCUUACCAAGGCCCUUGCUGCUGAGAUGAGUCCAGAUACCCGUGUCAACUGUAUAGCUCCUGGAUUCGUGCCAACGCAUUUUGCUGAUUUUCUAACAAAAAAUGCUGCCAUUAGGAAGACCAUCGAAGAUCAAACUCUGCUGAAGAGGCUUGGAACGACGGAAGACAUGGCGUCUGCUGCUGCCUUUCUGGCAUCUGACGACUCAUCCUACAUCACCGGAGAAACACUAGUGGUUGCCGGAGGCAUGCCUUCCAGACUAUGAUCCUUCUCCAAAUCCCUGCCUCAAGAGAAUGAUGAAGAUACAUCUCACGCACCUUUGUUGAGUCUCAAAUAUGCUAGGCAGAACAGUAGUAGUCAUGCUAUCGUAAUUUAUUCUAGCAUCUGGUAGUUGGUGACUUUAUUUUCACAACAUUCAGAAGAAUAAAUAAAUAAAGGGUCAUCUCCAUGCACGGUAAUAUUUAUUUGUGUAUUAUGUUGUAUACAUUUAAGAGAGAUAGAUUAUCCUUUAAUCA